CUGAUAAUGGACCCCAGUUCUACAGGAACGAUGCAGCGGAUGCAGUGUGAGAAAAGCAUCCUGGAUGAACCAGACUCUCCUCUAGAGGUUAGAAAUUAUAGUAGAAGCAAACCACGACCAUCCUAAUGUUCAGUACCAUGGACAGAGACACGGCAUCUAUCUAUCCAUCUAUCUAUCUAUCUAUCUAUCUUUCUCUCUAUCUAUCUUGAUCUCUAUCUUCCUCUCUAUAUUCCUUUCUAUCUUUUUCUCUAUUUUUUUUUUUUACUUAUGUAUAUCUAUCAUGUUUGUACAAGUAAGAAUAUCUCAAUCCGUAUUGUUAAAAAUAUCUCUGUAGUUUCUGUUCAAGUCCCUAAGUGCCGCUGUUGGUUAGUGUGAGGAAAGCGAGGUUCUUUUCCUGAGUGAAGUCCUCCCUCGUCAGUCUGAUGCGUUCAGGGCUUUAUUAUAAUCGUAACUAUAGACUGACAAAGACGGUCCUCAGCAAUGCGCUCAUGAUCAUUUGGUCGAAUUUUGACACAGUGGUUUUGUAAUUCUACUCGGAUUUUACGAAGGCUCUCGUCAUGAUCGGUGUUCUUUUUUGUGGGACCGAAAGAAAAUCAUUUUCAUGGUGUCAACUGCUUCUCUGCAUAUGUGUCGCAGAGAUGGCUCUCGGGCAGGUCCGUUAUUCUGUACCCGAGGAGAUGGCUACGGGGUCGGUUGUCGGAAAUAUCAUUCAGGACCUAGGCUUGGAUGUUAAACGGAUGAAAUCUGGGCGGGCUAGGAUAUUUACCGAGGACGGCAGUGAGUACAUUGGUCUUAAUGCAGAAAAGGGAACUUUGGUCGUGGCUAAAAGAAUAGACAGAGAAGAAUUGUGCAAGCAAGUGUCUCCCUGCUCUCUUCACUUUCAAAUCAUUCUAGAAAAUCCAAUGGAGUUGCAUCGAAUUGAUGUAGAGAUUACAGAUAUUAAUGACAAUGCUCCGUUCUUCUCGAAGAAAGAAUACAAUUUCCAGGUUAUUGAAUCUGCAUCACCGGGGGCUCGUUAUUCGCUUGAGAGUGCUAAAGAUCCCGAUGUAGCACACAACACCAUUCAAACAUACAAACUCAACCCGACAGAUAAUUUCAAAUUGAACGUUGUCUCACUGCCUGAUGGCACAAAAUAUAUUGAAAUGGUACUUCACACGUCACUUGACAGAGAAAAACAAGAAGAACAUAAAUUAACUCUGACAGCAUUUGACGGUGGUAAUCCUCAGAAAACGGGUUCUGUCAAAAUAAACGUGGUCGUUUUGGAUGCCAACGACAAUGCACCAGCAUUCAGUCAGUCCGUUUACAGAGUAACCGUUCCUGAAAACGCUUCUCGUGGCACUGUUAUUUUAAGAGUCAGUGCCACUGAUAAUGAUAAAGGAGCAAACGAAGAGGUAGUGUAUUCGUUUUCCCAACAUACCGAUAGCGCAUCAUCCCUGUUUAAUAUGGAUGCCCAAACUGGGGAAAUGACCGUAGUUGGUAUGUUAGAUUAUGAAAAAGCAAAACAUUAUGAGAUAAACAUUGAAGCUGCAGACAAAGGAGGGUUGACAGACACAAGCAAGGUGCUAAUUGAGGUGACCGACCUAAAUGACAAUGCCCCUGUCAUAAGCAUAAUUUCCCUCUCCAAUCCCAUACCAGAGGAUUCGGCUCCAGAAACUGUUAUAGCAAUGCUCAAUGUCAAAGACCUGGACUCAGAUAAAAAUGGCCAAGUUAAGUGUUUUAUUAGCAAAGAUUUGCCUUUCAAAAUCAAGUCUUCAUCGACUAACUUCUAUAGCCUGAUGUCUGACGAUGUUUUGGAUCGUGAAACAGUCCCGGAAUAUAACAUAACUAUAACUGCAAUGGACGAGGGUUCCCCGCCUUAUUCCACAAACAAGACAAUUCAUUUAAGAAUAUCGGACGUAAACGACCACGCCCCAAUGUUCCCUCAAUCAUUUAGCACAGCUUUCAUCAGUGAAAAUAAUUCACCUGGCAUGGCACUCCUCUCUGUCAAAGCCAGUGACAAAGACUAUGGCAACAAUGCACGCAUUUCCUAUUUCCUUGAGGAUAGCCAACUGAAUGGAAUGUCAGCCUCUGCUUAUUUUUCAGUGAAUGCAGAGAGUGGAGAGAUACUUGCUGUGCGUUCCUUCGACUAUGAGCAAAGAAAAGAGUUCCAUAUUCGCAUCAAAGCGCAGGAUGGAGGCUCCCCUCCACUCAGUAGCAAU